AUGUCGGACAUCAUGAAAGCACCUGCUCCAUGGAGAUUGAAAGGACAAACUUGGACUCUCGCCCUGUCCGGCCUCCCGAAAGUCAGCAACUUCCCUUCCGGGUUUGUGGACAAUGAAGAGGCAGAUGCGUUGUCUGGAUCGGCCGGACAGUUCAUUGGGGGACUCGGUUUGGUCAUGGUUGUACGAUAUAGCGGGAGCCCUGUUGGUCCUUACGAUGAGCUCAUAUACUCGCCGGGAAAAUGGAAGUACGCAAACGGCAAGACCGCCUAUCGCAUUACCAGGAUUUAUGUCUCGACAAAGGAGUCAGUGGAGAAUGGACGUCGCAACUGGAACAUACCUAAGCACGUAGCUGACUUCAAGAUCACGCCUUCGGGCGGCAACACGACCGUUAUCGUCAGUAACCCUGGCUCCAAUACGCCUUUCUUCCACGCCAUAUUAUCGCCCAUCCCGCUUCUCUCGAAGAUACCCCUCCCUGCAGCACUAGUGAACGACAAGGAUGGUCUCGUUCAACCUCCGAUCCCCGCCGGAAGUAAGCCCGAGGAAGUGGGGACUGAAAAAUGGGUCACUCUGCCGCAAGACAUGAAGGGUACGGUGAAUAUAUUCAAAGGGAAGGGAAUGUUGAGUGGAAAGGUGGGAGAUGGGAUCUCCUUUCCUGCAGUCGCUCCAUGGAGUAUCGGUUUGACUAUACCCAACCUGAACAUGUUGUUCCCUGAGCCGACAUUCUCCGAUAAGAUGUGA